CGGUCCCCGCGGGUGUCACUGAUCAGCGUGCAACAAAUAUCCUUGAUUUGCAGAAGACUCUCAAAAUGUUGUGUCGAGCUGCUCUGAGCCCUCUUGUCCAUUCCCCUGGACGGUGCUUUCUGUUGUCGCCACGUGCCAUCACAGCCAUCUCCUGUUUAUAUCUCCCUCGCCAUAACCAAAGACUAAGAAAUGAAUCCGUCCGGUGCUGGAGCAACAUCCCAUUUAUCACCAUGCCGCUUAGCCGUGCACAUGGGAAAUCAUUUGCGCACCGCAGUGAGCUGAAGCAUGCAAAGCGGAUUGUGGUGAAGCUAGGUAGUGCUGUUGUGACUCGCGGGGAUGAGUGUGGCUUGGCCCUUGGGAGGCUGGCAUCUAUUGUAGAGCAGGUGUCAGUGCUGCAAAAUCAGGGCCGAGAGAUGAUGAUUGUCACCAGUGGUGCUGUAGCUUUUGGAAAGCAGCGAUUGCGUCAUGAGAUCUUGCUUUCUCAGAGUGUGAGGCAAGCGCUUCAUUCAGGCCAGAAUCAGCUAAAAGAUAUGGCUAUUCCAGUCUUGGAAGCCCGAGCCUGUGCAGCAGCUGGCCAGAGUGGACUAAUGGCUCUGUAUGAGGCCAUGUUUACACAGUACAGCAUCUGUGCAGCUCAAAUUUUAGUCACCAACCUGGAUUUCCAUGAUGAACAGAAGCGUCGGAACUUAAAUGGAACAUUGCAUGAGCUUUUAAGAAUGAAUAUUGUCCCUAUAAUUAAUACUAAUGAUGCUGUUGUUCCACCUCCAGAGCCGAACAGUGAUCUGCAGGGGGUAAAUGUGAUUAGCGUGAAGGAUAACGACAGUCUGGCAGCACGACUGGCUGUGGAAAUGAAAACUGAUCUCCUGAUUGUUCUCUCAGAUGUAGAAGGACUCUUUGACAGCCCUCCAGGAUCUGAUGAUGCAAAGCUCAUUGACAUAUUCUACCCAGGAGACCAGCAGUCUGUAACAUUUGGAACCAAGUCCCGUGUGGGAAUGGGAGGCAUGGAAGCCAAGGUGAAAGCAGCUCUGUGGGCCCUCCAAGGAGGCACCUCUGUAGUGAUCGCAAAUGGAACCCAUCCAAAGAUCUCGGGUCAUGUCAUUACAGAUAUUGUGGAAGGGAAAAAAGUUGGAACUUUUUUUUCAGAGGUAAAACCUGCAGGUCCUACAGUAGAGCAGCAGGGUGAAAUGGCUCGAGCUGGUGGCAGAACCCUGGCGGCUCUACAGCCUGAGCAGAGAGCAGAGAUUAUUUAUCGCCUUGCUGACUUACUAACUGACCAGAGGGAAGAAAUUCUCUUGGCAAACAAAAAGGACUUAGAAGAGGCUGAAAGUAAAGGGAGAUUGGCACUUCCUUUGUUGAAGCGUCUAAGUCUGUCUACAUCAAAGCUGAACAGCUUGGCUAUUGGUCUGCGUCAGAUUGCAGCAUCCUCACAGGACAGUGUUGGUCGUGUAAUUCGGCGAACACGGAUAGCAAAAGACCUGGAUUUGGAGCAGGUGACAGUGCCUAUCGGUGUCCUCCUUGUGAUCUUUGAGUCCCGUCCUGACUGUCUUCCGCAGGUGUCUGCUUUGGCCAUAGCCACUGGAAAUGGCUUGCUACUUAAAGGAGGGAAAGAGGCAGCACAUAGCAAUCAAAUUCUUCAUCAUCUGACACAAGAAGCGCUCUCCAUUCAUGGAGUCAAAGACGCGGUACAACUAGUGAACACAAGAGAAGAAGUAGAAGAUCUUUGCCGUUUGGAUAAGCUGAUAGAUCUUAUCAUUCCACGUGGUUCAUCGCAGCUGGUCAGAAAUAUCCAGAAGGCUGCUAAAGGAAUCCCAGUGAUGGGACACAGCGAAGGGAUCUGUCAUGUGUAUGUGGAUACCGAUGCCAGCGUUGAGAAGGUCACGCGAAUAAUCAGAGACUCAAAGUGUGAAUAUCCUGCUGCCUGUAAUGCUCUGGAAACUCUGUUAAUUCAUCGAGACUUGCUGAGAACCCCGUUGUUUGAUCAGAUCAUAGACAUGCUGAGAGUAGAACAGGUGAAGAUUCACGCUGGCCCGAAGUUUGCAUCUUAUUUGACAUUCAGCCCUUCAGAAGUGAAAUCUCUCCGCACAGAAUACGGGGACCUGGAGUGCUGCAUUGAGGUGGUGGACAGUGUCCAAGAGGCUGUUGAACAUAUCCACAAGUAUGGAAGUUCUCACACGGAUGUUAUCAUCACAGAGAAUGAGAAAACGGCAGAGUUCUUCCUCCAGCAUGUGGACAGUGCUUGUGUUUUCUGGAAUGCCAGUACCCGAUUCUCUGAUGGCUAUAGAUUUGGACUUGGUGCUGAAGUGGGAAUUAGUACUUCUCGUAUUCAUGCACGUGGACCAGUGGGAAUUGAAGGACUCUUAACUACGAAGUGGUUGCUGAGGGGGGACAAUCAUGUUGUUUCUGACUUCUCAGAGCACGGCAGCAUGAAGUAUCUUCAUGAGAGCCUCCCUCUCCCUCAGAGAAAUACCAGCUAAAAACAUCGGAGCUGGGGGGAAACCCUGGGGUAUGAGUAUUUCCUGAUGGUGUUCAGGCUUCAGGGUGCUCUCUGCAGAGGGAGUUUGUUUUUCAUCUUCAGGAACAUUGUUCUUGGUCACUGUGCAGCACAGUGAAUACACAAUGAUCCCAUCUCUGAGACUUUUGUUUUCCCUGCGUCUUUCCUUAGAUAGUAUCUGCAAACUGACCUCGCUUUUUCCAGAGACAGACUUCUUCAAAACGUACAGGUAUCAUAAGGAAAGAUUUCAAUGUCUGCUGCAUUCCUUUUUUUCAUCCAGAUGCUCCCUAUAGCAAAUAUGCUUGGUGCUGGAGCAUUUUUUUUUUGUGUAAGUCUGUUUUAUUUAAAUAUCUGCUCUGCAGAACAAACAAUUGUUUGGGUUUUUUUUCUUCAGUUUUAUGAUCAUGGCAGCUCUUGAAAGCUGGAAAGCUUUACACUUUCUUUGUAUUUGAUUACUCUUGUGAUAAAGGGAUAGAUGUUCCAAAUGCAUAGUAAGCUUUUGACCAAGAAACCUUUUAUAUCUCAUUGCUUUGUAUUGUUGACUAUUGUAGAUAAAUAACACAACUGUCUAUUAAGUGAAUUUUGUUACUUA